AUGGCGAAUUCUUCUGUGACGACAUUUGAUCGAGCUGAGGUGCACCCACAAAAUAUUCUUCAUGCUGAAUUCGACUGCUUCGAAACGCUCUUCAAGACGGCUUCUGGCAACGAGGUGGUGAUCGUGCGCCACGCGGAGUCGAUCGCCGAAGUGUUUCCUGAUUGGGUGAAAAGAACGCGUCUCGACGAGCACUUCUACAAGCCCAUCGAUUUGAAUGUGCCUUUCGAGUUGCCACGUCGUUCUGAGAUGCGCGAGGCGUACAUGAAGGACCCACCGAUCAGUGAGAUGGGCAUUCUUUUUGCCGGUCUUUUGGGUGAUCAACUGGCCGAAUGUAAACUUCAGCCUCACGCUAUCUACACGGCUCCAUCACUGGUUUGUCUCCAAACGGCUCGCGAACUGCAGAAAAGGCUUGAUAAGCGCUCUCGUCCACUUCGCAUCGAGCCAUGUCUCUCUUGGUCGAGGAAUGCUGAGGCUUAUUGGUUCAAGCCAGAGGCGUUGCGUCGACUUGGUUACGAUGUUGAUGUUAAAUACAUGCCAAUCAAACGAGCUUCCGACGAGAUCAAUUCGCAUUUGGAUGGUAGUCGAGAGGUAGAGAUGAUUGCUCGGGACAUGCGAGCCGCUUUAAGAACCCUUGCUGACACCGACAAAGGACCUGUGAUUUUGGUGACGGAUGCAGUCGGUGCGAUGUGCAUGCAACACUACGCUCGUGACCUUCCUUUAACUUAUGGAAAUUCAGUCGACGAGUUAUACAAGCGGGCCAGUCGUGUCUCUCCACCCACUUCGGCCGUCGCUUUCAACGUUAGUCGCCCCGGAAACAUUCCUUGUUUCGAAUACACGGACAUCGUUCGCCCAAUCUGGUUUACGGGAGGCAACAAUGAGAUUGAUUUCGACGAUGGUGUUGAUUACGGCAAAAAGCGUCACAUU